UCCACGCAUCCACGCAUCUACCCACCCACCCAUCCACACAUCCACCCACCCACCCAUCCACCCACACACCCUUCCACCCACCCACCCAUCCAUCCACACAUCCACGCAUCUACCCACCCACCCAUCCACACAUCCACCCACCCACCCAUCCAUCCACUCACCCAUCCACGCACCCACCCAUCCAUCCACACACCCUUCCACCCACCCACCCAUCCAUCCACGCAUCCACCCAUCUACCCAUCCACACAUCCAUCCACACACCCUUCCACCCAUCCACACAUCCACCCAUCCAUCCACACACCCAUCCACCCACCCAUCCAUCCAUCCACCCACCCUUCCACCCACCCACCCAUCCAUCCACACAUCCACCCAUCUACCCACCCCCAUCCAUCCACACACCCUUCCACCCACCCAUCCAUCCACACAUCCACCCAUCUACCCACCCACCCAUCCAUCCACACACCCUUCCACCCACCCGCCCAUCCAUCCACACAUCCACCCAUCUACCCAUCCACACAUCCAUCCACACACCCUUCCACCCACACACCCAUC